ACAGCUCAUCCCAGCCGAUGGUGAAGUUCCCAAAGAACAUUCUCACGAUCCCGGAUAAGACCAACAUCUCUUCGGUGAUGGCGUUCCUGACUGUACCACAUCCCCACCUGGCGAAGGACUGCACCAACUGCACGCCGGGCUUCAUCAGCAACAAAUCACUUUUCAGAAGUAUUGAUCUGAAAGCCGUGGCAGCCAUCAGCGUCCUGCUGUACUCCGGUGGCGAGGAGAUACAGGUUCGAGGACCCAUCCAGAUCAGUCUGCCGCUGGGCCACCACACACACCUCAGGGCCUCUGAUACUGUGCCAGCCUCCUUCAACCAGAAGACAGGUGGCUGGGAGAAUCAUGGUCUGGGAAUAGUUAAAACGGUUGGAAAUGAGCUGGUUUGGACCUACACCGCUUCCCAUCUGGGCUACUGGAUCGCCGCCCCUCUGCCUUCAUCAAGAGAUUAUCUGGGACAUGCAAACUCUUUGGAUUUCCUAUCUUACCAUACCUACCUGUUGGUAGGAAUACUGGGUGGAACUCUGGCCAUAGUGAUCGGAUUUCUGUCCCUGCUCUUGUGCCACUGUGGAGGUUCUUAUCGAGAGCCCAGGAGGAGGAGAGCACGUUUUUCCAAAUUGACGGUUGUAAAGAAAGACCAAACCACCUCCACCCACAUGGAAGAGGGCUUGUUGUUCCGAUCUGGCGACAACAGCCUCGCCACCUGCAGCAUCCAGUGCGAACCGUCAUCUACUCCAAGGCACAAAGCCAACUAUAACAUCUAUGUGGAGGAUCCAGGGACUCGUGCCACGGCACCGCUUUAUGAGAACAUCACUCCAGAUCGGAUGAAGGGUCCUCAGCCGCCACCUCACUACAUCAACAGUGAGGAGGUGUCUCGAUUAAGGGAGAAGUCGGAGCAGAACCGGGCCAACAUCAACUGCGACAACUUCUUUCAGGAUAAGCUGGUCCAUAUCUACAACCAGCCAGUGGCCAUUAUUCCCGCUCCCGAGCUCUUCAGUGCUCAGGAGCAGCAGCUACCAGGCUGCAAGUCCGCCACCUUCCCCCGCAACGGAAGUGAGUAUGAUGCUCACUCAGAGCCUGCAAGUAAAGACAGCUACACCCAGACACUACCCAAAGGGCAAGGCCCUAACAGUGUGUGGGGACGCUACAGUAACCUCCUUGAAUCCUCCGUCUCUGUGCCUGGGACUCUUAAUGAGGCAGCUGGCAUGGAGGGCUUCAACACCGGGCACGGCGUGCCCAGUGAGUUGCAGGGGAUUUCAGAGCGCACCUUGCUGGAGCUGACACGUGGCAAGUCCUUGUCGUCUCACCCCAGAGCCUGGUUUGUCUCCUUAGACGGGAAGCCAGCAGCGCAGGUCCGCCACUCCAUCAUUGAGCUCCAGAGCCACCACCGCCCGCCAAGCAGCAACGACACCAGCCUGGACUCAGGGGUGGACAUGAACGAGCCUCAGCAAAGCAUCCGCGAGACGGAGCGUGACCGACCUUCUAUCAGGGCUUCUUCCCUGCCGCACCACAGCCGUGGCGGGCGGUACGGCGAAGAGCAGGACCUGAGCAGCAGUGAGAGCGGCACCACUGCUACCUGCACACCAGAGGACCCGUCCCUGAGGAACAUUUUAGAUGGGAGCAGUGGGGCCAUUCCGAAUAUUCCUGAAGAGCGUGAUGGGAUGGAUACAUCCAGCGCUCAGGAGGACAGUGAAUCAAGAGGUACACCACCUCCCCGGCGCCUGAGGAAGGUUAGGGAGAAGGGGAAGACGGAAAAGAGGAGCGCCAAGCACAUCCGGGAGGGCAGACCUCUGACCAAGAGAAGCUAAAGCUUCUCAGGCUCAUUUCCCCACCCAUCAGUGCUUCAGUUAAAAUCCAAAUUAAGUAAUUCAUAUGAGUUUGUGUUCACACAGGCAUUGUUGUUGUUGAGUUCUGUGAUUGUACAACUUUGCCAAAGAAUGCAUAAGCUAGCUCAAGAAAUGAAUCAGCAUCUGUGUCACGUUAUGUAGCUGCUGUUAAGACGAGUUUGUGCACCGUGUUCUCUCAUUCUCCCAAAUCUGACGAUCACCAGCGAGAUUCCUCACAGCAGAUGUCCAUGUGAACACGAUGUCCCACAGUAUCCGGUUCUGGCAUUAUAGAGGGUGCCUUCUUACUGCCUGUAAUCGUUAAAUAGGGUUACGCAAAGGUGGUGUGUUUCGAUAUUUAGUAUAAAAAAAAUCUGGUGAGUUUGCAGGAUGGACACAGAUACAGGUCAAUGUGUAGUGCACUUAUCCUCACCAUAAAUGCCUGCUGUAUAUUAAAUAAGACGAAGAAGCUUUCCCAGUCCGCAGCACUCGCAUCUCGCUUUGUAUCCUACUGCCUCAUUCCACCAUAAAUGAC